UAUGUACUUGAAAACUGUUCAUGUCCUCUCUGUCUUCUCUUCUCUUGACUAAACAAACUCAUUUUCUUCAGUUCUUUAUACACAGAGCCAUUCCCACCUAUUGGACAGCUGCCUUGGACCCCAGGCUUUGGGGGCAGGGGGGUUCCACAGGGCCCAGGGCGACCUGGAGAUUUACCGGGAGGCCUGCCCCUUCAUUCACCAGAUGUGAUGGGAGCUGCAGGAAGUGGAGUGACCCAACUCCAGACUGCUCCGCUCCAUCAUUUUCCAGCUGGGUUACUCCACUUCUCAGCAGUGACAGGAAAUGGAGCGUCCCAGUCCCAGCCUGCUUCACACCCCAGAGUAAUGCAGCUGGGAGCCAAGCUCAGGGCAGCACAUCAGAUUGGGACCAAAUUUCUGUGCUUCCCGCCGCGAUGAAUAUUGAAUCAUGUUUGUUCCAAGGUCUCUGAAAGUCAAGAGAAAUGCUGAUGAUGAGCAAAGCUGUGCAUUAAAAAAAGAAAAGUUGUCUUCUGGAGAACCCUCGUUAGUGGAGACCACAGACUUAAGAGAUGUUAAGGGAUCUAUAAAAGAUACUUCUGCGUCAGAAUGCCAUGUAUAUAAAGCAGUACAAGAAUGCACAGAGCUACGCAUGUCUCCAGAUUCAGAUUUCCCCUUUGCUGUCGAAUCUUUGGGAAGUGACAACCAAAAUGUAGAAGAAGACAUUUCCUCUGUGGAUGAACCCAUUAAAUCUUUCAGCAAAUCCCAACGGUGGGCAGAACCGGGAGAACCUAAAUGUGUUGUUUGUGGUCGUUAUGGAGAAUAUAUUUGUGAUAAAACAGAUGAAGAUAUUUGUAGCUUGGAAUGUAAAGCCAAACAUCUUUUACAAGCUAAAGAAAAGGAAGAAAGUUUAAACUCUGACAGUCUUGUGAAAAUAGAAUCGAAACCAGAAGCUCCUUUGCCCAUCACCCUUUAUGCCUAUAAAGAACAUUCCUUUAUUUUAAGCCUGCAAGAUGACCAGAUCAAGAACCUUAAAUUGCAAUUAGGUAUUGCUGUCCAUGGUGAUGGAGUUACAAGACCUAUUUUAGAAUUUGAACACUGUGGUUUUCCUGAAACUUUAAACUAUAAUUUAAAAAAUUCAGGCUAUGAAGUUCCAACCCCUAUCCAGAUGCAAAUGAUUCCUGUUGGACUUUUGGGAAGGGAUAUUGUGGCCAGUGCAAACACAGGCUCUGGAAAAACUGCAGCUUUCCUGCUUCCAGUUAUUGUUAAAGCCUUGGAAGAGACUAAAACUCCAUCUGCACUUAUUUUGACACCAACAAGAGAAUUAGCAAUUCAGAUAGAGAGACAAGCUAAAGAGUUGAUGAUUGGUCUGCCAAACAUGAGAACAGUCCUUCUUGUAGGUGGUCUACCACUACCACCCCAACUUCAUCGUCUAAAACAAACUGUUAAGGUUAUAAUAGCAACACCCGGAAGACUCUUAGAUAUUUUAAAACAAAGCUUUGUUCAGCUCCAUGGUAUCAAAAUCGUAGUUGUGGAUGAAGCUGAUACCAUGUUAAAGAUGGGCUUCCAGCAACAAGUGCUGGAUAUUUUGGAAAACAUCUCCAGGGAUCGUCAGACUAUGUUGGUUUCAGCCACAAUUCCAGUGGGCAUCGAGCAGUUAGCAAAUCAGCUUCUGCAGAAUCCUGUGAGAAUAAGCAUUGGAGAAAAGAAUCUACCAUGUUCCAAUGUUCGCCAGAUUAUCUUGUGGGUAGAAGAACCAUCUAAAAAGAAAAAACUAUUUGAAAUAUUAAAUGACAAGAAACUCUUCAAACCUCCAGUGUUGGUAUUUGUGGAUUGCAAGCUAGGAGCAGAUCUUCUGAGUGAUGCUGUUCAUAAAAUCACAGGAUUACAAUGCAUAUCCAUGCAUUCUGAUAAAUCACAAACUGAAAGGAUAAAUAUAUUGCAGGGAUUAUUUGAAGAAAAAUAUGAAGUUGUAGUAAGCACUGGAGUACUUGGCCGAGGGCUUGACCUUGUCAACGUCAAACUGGUCGUAAAUUUUGAUAUGCCCUCAAGUAUGGAUGAAUAUGUACAUCAGAUUGGAAGAGCAGGGAGGCUGGGUCACAAUGGAACUGCAAUUACUUUUAUUAAUAACAACAGCAAGAAGCUUUUUUGGGAUGUUGUAAAGAGAGUAAAACCAACAGGCACCAUUCUUCCUCCACAGUUGCUAAAUUCACCUUAUCUUCAUGACCAAAAGAGAAAAGAACAAGAGAGAGCAAAACAAUCACAAAAUAGUCUUGUAACGGGUGACAAUCUUAUGGACAUUAUUAGAAAACACGACAAAAGUAAUUCUCACAAGUGAUUAAUGUAUUAUAUUUGUAAAUAUGUAAGUAUAAUGAAAGCACUGUAUUUCUGUAAAAAUUAAGCAUGAAUUUAUAUAAUUGGUAUAAGAUCUGACAUUUAUUUUUAAAAACAUUUAACUUUUUUUCUGGUGAACUCUUGAAACUCAUUUUUAUUAUAGUGUUUCAUCUAAAAGUGUAUUCCAAAUUUAAAAAUUGCACUUCAGCCCAAAUUUUUUUGAGACUAUUACAAGUAACAUCUAAAAGCAUUUUUUUUCAAUUUAUUUACUUUGUGAGACAGACAUCUAUAUAGUUAUUUUCAUUUUUUUGCAUUAAAUAUAUAACCUUUUUCAUUGUUUCUGUGGGGCUUUUGGAUUGCAGUGGAAGAGAGGCAUACUUUUAAAACAGGAAAAUUUGAUUGCAAAACUAAAAAUUGGCAGGGGCACGUUUACUAUCUGCAGAUAUUUUUAACUGCUCAGUUAACUAUGUUUUAAGUUAAUGUCGUUUUAGCCCUCAAACGUCUCUAAUUUUCCUCUCUACUGGGUACCCCACAGGUUUCAUCGAUGGGUCAUAAUGAAUUAUUAAACAUGAAUAUUUUUUUUCUUCCUAUCUCAUGUCUGAAACCAGCAAAAAAUCCUGAUCAAGUAAUCCACAACAUGAACAAGAUUUUUUUCCUGCUGUCAUUGGGCUAGUACGAGAUGUGGUUUCUUCAACUUCACAGUAGAAAAAUCAGAAAAAUUAGAGCUAUUAAUAAAAACUUGAAAUUAAGAUAGCGUUCUGUUAAUGGGUACAUGAUUGGGCUGCUAAAGUAGAUGUGAUACUAUGAAAAGAACAGACUCAUAUAGAUUAUGAAGGGGAGCAGUUGUCAAUUGCUUUUGAUCUCAAGAGUAUUGAAUGAGGUACUCUAGGCUCUGAUUUUGUGAACUCUUAUGACAUACUUAAAUUUAAGUACAGUAUUCUCAUUGGGCCAGAUCCUUAAUUUGUGUAAAUUGUUGUAGAGCCUUUAAAGCAAUGACGUUUGACAAUUUACACCAGCUGGGGACGUGGCCCAUUGACUUCAAGAGGACUACAUAUAUGCUUAAAAUAUAAUGUGCAUCCCUCUGUUUGCUGGCUUGGGGCCCUAGCUGCUAAAAUUACUGAUAGACAUCCUAUCAACACAGCCUUUUGAUUCCCUUCAAUAAAAACUCUAUUAAUUUAACAUUUUAAA